AUGCCGGAUAGGGUAGCACAUCUUAGUGGAGAUAAUGCAAGUAUGAGGUUCAUCGAGAGUUCAAGCCACCAAUGUGGUAUGCAAGGCCUCCAAGGUGAGACAUUAGGCCGCCAAGGUGAUAUGCAAGGCUUCCAGGACGACAUGUCCUGGAGUGUCUACGAUAAAGCUGUCAUAUCUUACUACUCUAGGAAGUACAAGCCAGUACCCUUACCCCAACGCCCAAACUACAGCCACGAAGAUGUGAGCGUUAUAGUUCCCACGAUAGACACCGAGUCUACCUUCACCGAUUGCAUGCGUCUUUGGCUCAAGGCCAAUCCUCGUGAGAUCAUAAUCGCAACCGUCGAGAGGAACAAAGCCCGUGUCAUGGAGCUCAUAAAACCCCUCCAGAAGGAUGCCGACAAGAUAGUCAUUGUGAUUGCGCCUUUGGCCAACAAACGUCAUCAGCUAAUGGUCGGAGUGAAAGCGGCAAAGGGUAAGAUCUUUGCUUUGGUGGACGAUGAUGUCUACUGGCGAUCCGACGGCGUAGUCCCUUACCUCCUAGCCCCAUUUGAAGAUCCUAGGGUUGGUGCAGUUGCUGGUAUCCAGAGCGCCGAGAUUCCAUCCGAUCGUCAAGAUUCACGAGUGAUCACUCCCUGGGAAUCGAUUGCGACUUUUGAUUUGAACCAGUGGAAAAGCUCUCGGGAGGUGCACUUUGCGGCGGACGGAGGCUGCUGGUGCUUAUCAGCACGAACACUUUUUAUGCGUGCUUCAAUCAUCCAGAAUCAGAGCUUCGCCGACGCAUACACACAGGAGGUCAUCGGUCGUCGGGUGGUGAAUACUGCCGAUGACGUUGUUUUGACAGGGUUGAUAUUUGACCGCGGAUGGAAGGUGACAAUUCAGAACAUUAUCGAAGCUGAAGUUACCACAAACAUUCCUCAGAACCAUAAAUUUGUUUGGCAGGUGCUUCGUUGGGACCGUGGCAAUUUCCGUACUUUCCUCGGGUAUAUCUUUGCGUAUCCUGGCUAUCGAAGAAUGAUGCAGAGACACCCCUACACGACCUUCAAGAUGAUGGAGCGUCUGGCACGACCCAUCUGGGCUUUUGCAUAUGUUUGGGCUUGGUUUCAAACGUUCCACACAACACCAUGGGUUGCUUAUGCAUAUUUGGCAUGGAUCACCUUUGGAUGGAACGGAUAUUUUUCCACAUACAGUUCGUUCCUUAAGAAUUACCCCUACUGUGCACGUCAAGUAUGGGCCUUUCUGUUCAUGGAUAUUGUUGGCCCUAUUGUAGACAUAUACGUCUACUUCACCAUGAAUAAUGACAAUUGGUUGACUAGGGUAGCCGAUACCAAGGAUAUCGAAGGCUAG